AUGGCUUCAAAAUGACCAAAUAUAGGUUUUCAGAACGAAAUCACACCCAAAAAAGACGGCCUAAAACAAAAAGCAAUAGCUUCUGGCUUCAUUAAGCCACCACAAAGCUCACGUGAGAAAGGAAUUAUUUUCAAAUGAAUCAAAAAUUUCUUAAAGAAAAAUGACUUAGAAGAGAUUUUUGAAAAGAUGCAGCAAGAGUCUGCACCGGUGCGCCAGGAUGAAGAAGAGGGAUCCCAAGCAUGUCAAGAAAGAAAAGAUCAAGAAGAACAAGCAGCCAAAUCUGACCCGUACGAGAUGAUAUACAAUACAAUGGAAUUUGAGGAUAUGAAGAAGGGCGAUUCAGUGAUGAAGUUCGGAGAGCAUGGAACCAAGUUUUAUAUCGUACUCAGAGGCAAUGUCGCAGUCAGAGUCCCCUCAAUUGUUGAAAGAGACUUCACAUUCCAAGAACUGUUGGUACUGUUGGUCAAUGAUCAUGAAUGGGUCAUUCAAAAUGAUAAAUACCAGGAAGUUAUGGUGCUUAUUCAGGGCAUAAUCCCUGACUUGGUCUUUGAAGACUACAGAAAGAACCUACAAUUAGAUAUAGAUACAACUAAAAGAGUAUUAAGAGGGAAAAUAAUCUCUUACAUCCAGCAUAAUUACCCGGAUGGUAUCCCCAAAUUCAAGGAUUUUAAUGAUUUUUACACUGGAUCAAAAUUUGUAAAGAAAGGUAAAGAUGCUGAUACAAGAUAUAUCACUCUCAACUUCAUCCUAGAAGUUGUCCAACUAAGUGUUGGAGCCAGCUUUGGGGAACUUGCCUUGCUAGAAGAUAAGCUAAGAUCAGCCACAAUUCUUUGUACUGAGAACUCAAAAUUUGCUGUACUUGAGAAAGAGAAUUUUAACAAAAUCAUGGGAAAGAUGUAUAGGAGUAAAUUUGCAAAAGAUAUUGAGUUCCUGUCAAACUUCUCCUUCAUUCAAGGUCUGACUAGAAUUACAAAGCAAAAGCUCUGAUAUCCCAUGGUCUCUUGUGAAUACGUCCGUGGGCAAACAAUCGUCUCUGAGGGAAGUCAAGUGAAGGAUAUUAUCCUCCUCGAGAAUGGUGAGUAUGAAAUGACCAAGAAUAUUUACAUCCAAAAGAAGAACAAAGUCAUAUGUGAAUACUUCCGAAUCGAAUCUGAUAAAGACCAGAGCUUGAUAGAGUCGCUUCUUGACCCUGACUCAAUGCCCUUGACUUUCUCAUUUGACAGGAUUAAUAAAGAAAUAUUUAACAAAAGAAUGCAGGGAUUCAAGAAGAUCGAAAUGAGGCUCUCCAAAAAUCAGAGAUACGAGUGUGUAGGGCUUGUAGAAAGCGUGUUUGAUUCAGGAACUCUUCCAAGCAGGUAUUUCACCACUGUCAAAUGUAUCUCCAAAAGUGGGAAGGCAAGAGUGAUUGACAAAGAAGAGCUAUUCAGGGUCGUUAGUCGAACCAAAUGUGAAGUCUUACAUACUGUUAGGCAAAAGCUUUCUUUCAUCGCUCAGAGGAUGAAAUUCUUACUAAGUUCCAAUAAAAUCGAGCUGGAUCCAAGUUAUUUCGAAAACAAUGGGCUCUCUCUAAGCUUCACUAACCCUUUCAAGCCCAGAAUCAUUAGUUCACGUUCGAAGGAUGGUUCUAAGCCAAGAAAUUCCGAGCAGGAGAAGUCUCAGGUUCAUGAACGCAGAAAAGAAAGCCAGUUUAGGAACAAGCCAACGAGAGUUUUACACACUAAGGACGUAGACGAUUUUAUUAGGAAUAAACGCCAAAAGCGGAUGAGCGUCAUUGACAGUUCUCCAAUGCUUAAAGGACUCCAAGGGAUAGAGAAAUAACCAGUUCUUUGGAUUCGGGAAAAAUAGAGGUGCUGAGGAAGGAGGUGAAAGGGAAACAACUGGGACCAAACGUAAUACAAAAAAAGAUGCAUAUCGUCACUCAGCAACUACACAUUUUAAAAAUGAUCGAGCAAAAGAUUUAUCAAAGGAAAUAGGUAAUAUUUCAGCAACACUAGAGGAAGAGUCUCAAGAAGAUACUAGUAAAGGAUCCUGGGAAGCCAGUAAAAGUUUCACUGAGAUGAGGUCAAAAUACUCAAAUUCCAGUCAAAAUAACCCUUCAUCACCACCCCUUUCAAAAACCCACAGCACUCAAAAUAGUCCAAAAAGUUCCAAAAAUGCUCAAAAUCUGCCAAAAUCCUCUCAAAAUGCCGAAAAUGUCAAAAAUGCCCAAAACCAGCCUCUUUUCGCCCCAAAAUCCCUUCUUUAUCUGCCCUCUCUGGUCCCAUUCGGCCAGUCCUUUGACCGAAAUCUGGCUUCACAGACGGAAAAUCUCCUGAAGAGCCAAACUCAGUCGCACGAGUUCCCGAAGAUCGCUAACACUGGAUUUAAAUAACAGAUGGAGAAGAGAGAAUCAAGAAACAAACCAAAAAGGGAGUAUCUAUAUGUCUAAAUAAACCAUGGAAUCCACUGAAAGCUCAAGCUAAAUUUACGAGGAUGACUAAAAAUAUGACUCAAAAAUCAUUUAAGGAGGCUAAACAGUAUCAUAAGAAUUUCUCCCCACAGAAGAAAAUGAAAAGGCAUGAAAUCACCUAAAAUGAUAAUGUCAGUAGACCGGCUUGAGAAAAGAGAAGUCUGCCAAAAAGAUGACUCUCCUGUACCUGGUCUCUACAGUCCUGAGCCAAGGUUCUCAACCAAGCUUCCUAACCUAGCCGAGCCAGGACUCCCAAUUUGCCAGAAGGAGCAACGGAUGAAGAAGUACUUCUACAAAAAGAUCAGAAAGGGAUACGCAGAAGGCCACAAAAAGGCGCUCGAAAAUGUACUCAAAGGAAGGAAGGGCAACGAAGCCAUCGAUCUCUAUGGGUUUAAAAAUGUCUAAGAAACCUUAUGAUUUGGAAGCCAGAGAUAAUUUGUUCAUAAAAACAU